AAAAGUAGGCUCAACUUUUUGACUUUUAAUCAUAAACAAUUUUGUCAUUUACUAUAUUUUUAACACCACAUAAUGGCGAACAGCAUCGGGGAUUUAUUCAAACAACCCAAUUUUAUCCUGAAAUUCGUCGAAUUCAUAAUUUGUCUCGUCGCUUGGAUUCUUUGGUACGUGGACCCCCCAAUAAAAGCGUUUGAUGAUCAACCAAGUCACGACACCGUCGUAAUCGCAAUCAUCGGCUACACAUGGGUCUCUUUAGCGUUUAUAAUCACCUACAUUUUCGAUGAAACCCAAGAUUUAUUGGAGAUGUUGUUAACAUUCUUUGGAUUUGCGUACCAUUUCGUCUCUUGUAUCUUUAUAUUUAUUUUGCAUUCUAAUUAUAAGGGGUAUAAGACGGAUGCGUCGACUUUUUGGGUUAUAAUGGGUAUUUUUUGUUUGGUUGUUGCGGUGCUUUGUUUAGUUGAUUUUAUCUUAAAAAUUGCUAAUAAGAAAUAGGUUUAUUUAUAAGAUUAUUUAUUAUACAACAAGUACUUUAUAAAAUUUAUUAAUUUAAUAAAUAAUUUUAAUCUAAAAUUCCUUUUUCUCUCAAUAAAUCAUGUAUCCUUUUUGAUAAACUAUCAUAAUAUUUCAUUUUAAUAAUUGCUUUCUUAGCUUGUUCCACAUCGUUUUCCUCAAAACAUUUCGAAAUCAUAAUUGAAACAUUGUUUAACAUCUCCUUAUUUUUAGCCUCGAUUUUCCUCAACUUCUCCUCUCCAUCAGCUUCUUCCAAUUCCUCAUUUAAUUCCAUAACUUCCAUCAAAAACUCUGGAUCAUCACUUUUAUUACUCUCCUCGAUAACCUCAUUCUUCAACCAUAACAUGUGUAAAGCUCGACUUAAUGGUCCUUGUAAUGUAUUAUAACCUUUAUUAAUCAAAGAUGAGUACUCUUCAGAGAUUUUCUUUUCAUCCUCACUCCUAUUAGUGAAUUUAUCCGGAUGUAAAACUGCUUGCAUCUUACGGUAAUGUUGAGUUAAUGAUUUUUGGUCAAUGUCGUACUUAAAA